UUUUUUCUCACAGGAGAAUGGACUUGCCGAAGUUUAUUUUGUAAUUUUUGUUCAAGCGAAAACAUUGUACUUACAGUUUUACUUCAGGAAACAAAACAAUGGAUUUACCUUUUUAUUUCAUAAAAACAGUGUUUUUACAUUUUCAUUCAUGCAAAUAUUUGUUUUGCUUUGAAAUAAACACCUUUUGGAGAAGGUUACUGUCGCGGAGUUUGGUUUACAAACAGCUGUAGCACCUCAGGUUGAAUGGGAACUUUAAAUUAGCUAGGCGGAACUAACGUCAAGUAGUGAGAAAUGUCGGAAUAUUUUUAAGGUGUCGCUUGUAAUGCUACGAAGCUAGGUCGUUAGCAGACAGUUGAGUACAUGUCAGUUACAGACAGCAGUGUCCAGCAAGACGACUGACUCCAAGCGCUUCGUCUGGCUCCGUAUUUGACAGGGCGGAGUGGAAAUGGCUGCGGCGUCGUGUGCUGUCAUGUUUGCGGUCGCUCUGACCUGAUCAAGACUUGUGCUAACGUUAGCUUGUUAGCAAUCCUGGUUGUUUACUGCACCAGCCCCACCACUGUGGCGCUGCACGGAUUCCUACUGUACAUCCAGUCGAUUUAAGGAGUAUCACACGUUUACGAGAUGUUCCUGGUGGGGCUGACGGGAGGUAUUUCCUCAGGGAAAAGCACAGUGUCUUCAAUGCUGCGGGAGCUUGGGUGCCCCAUUAUUGAUGCCGAUGUUGUGGCCAGGAAAGUUGUGGAGCCGCACACUCCUGCCUAUUCCCGCAUCGUCUACCACUUUGGGCCAGAGAUCCUACUCGAGAACGGGGAGAUCGACCGGCAGAAGCUGGGUCAGCUCAUCUUCGCCAACGAGGAAAAGAGGAAGCUGCUGAACUCCAUCACCCACCCAGAGAUCCACAAAGCAAUGCUCAAAGAGAUCCUGUUCUACUUUCUCAGAGGAUACCGCUAUGUGGUGCUGGAUGUGCCCCUUCUCUUUGAAACAAGACGUCUCACUCAGUUUCUAAACCACACUGUAGUAGUUUACUGUGACCCUGCCACUCAGCUAUCGCGCCUGAUGCAGAGGGACGGCUUGACCCAGGAGCAGGCCGAGCUGCGCGUGGCUGCACAGAUGCCCCUCAAUGAAAAGCGCGGCUUGGCCAAUCAUGUUAUUGAGAACUCGGGCAGCCGAGAGGACACCCACCGGCAGGUCCUGCGGUUGCACACAAAGCUGGAGGACUCCAUGGACUUCCUCUUAGUGAGGGUCAUUGCAAUUGCAGCCACUACUGGUCUGGGUGGGAUACUGCUGUAUGCAGCCAAGAUACUUUUGUCCUAACAGCACAGAGGGGAAGGGGAAGAACAUGUUUGGUUUAGGAUGUGGUCAAAGAUGAGGGUGUGAAUAGAAGCAGACGAAGGCACGUGGGGGGUACCGAUGCAAUUUACUGUGAUAUUAGUUUCACAGCACCUACCGCUACAGCUCAGAGGUGUGACAUGCUCUGUUGGCAGUUAACAGGGACUUACAUUAUUGACACAACAUGCACUGACAAAUGUGGUUUGGUGUGAAGGGUUUCUAUGUGCAAUUUCAGUUGGUUUUACUCAGAAAUACUAAAAACAUGAAGGCGAUACCUUAGAGGCUCAGUUGCUGUACAAGCUCCCCGAUGCUCUUAACAGUGAUCACAGUUUGGAGCCUAAAAACUGGUCAAACCUUGAUGCAGCAGUCAACCCAUAACUAACAUCAGUGAAAAAGGCACAACUGAUAAUUGUGCAAACAAAGAGAUUUUAUUUUGUUACACCUUUUUUACACCUUAUGAAGUUAUCCAAAUUAGACAUUUUGGGUGAUUUGUAUACACCAGGCAGUAGAGAGAGAGCAAAUAAACAAGUAAAAGCUGCACAUUCUUAAUAACCAUAGAUGUGCAGAAGUCACUGUGGUUCCUGUACUUGUUACUUAUUUGGCACAAACUGACACCUCAAUAUGUUUUAAUUGGAGGUAACUCUCAUUAUAGGAAAGAAACAUUUAAGUGCUGUAUCUGAAUGAUCUGAUGCUAACAGAAUGUUAUUAUUGUAUGUUAAUGACCUGUAUAAUGAAGAUAUAAGACAGAAUGUAUUUGACAAUCCAUUUUUAAUGGGAACAGUGUGAAUUUACAUGAAUUAACACUUUAUAUUUAUCACUGUAUUUUCUUACACUUGAAGCUGUCCUCUGUAAAUAAGAAGUCUGUGAUUUUUAGUUUUCUGUGCACACUCACUUGUAACCAAAACAAAACAUCUGUAACAUUAGCUGCUUAACUGAAAUAUAAAUCAUCCGACAUUACUAUUUUAAAGUAACGACAACUGUCA